UACGCUUUAGUUAUCGAAAAACGAUUGCAGCGCGAGUUGUGUUAAAAAUUCAAAAACGUUAUAACUCCCUCACAAGACUAUAGUUUACUAUUAUCGUGGAGUUAUCGUGUUAAAGUAUUGAGAGGAGAAAUUAUUCUGGAACCAGGGGGGAAAUGAAUAUCGAAGUUGGGACAAUUUAUAUCGAAGGAAUGUCGAACAUUGUGACAACGUCGCGUGAACGAUGGGACGUUCGUGCUUCUGAUAUUGCCAGAAGGACCCACAAUCCCAUUAGGUCCAUCGUCGAGAACAUUGUGGUCGAGCCGAAUCCUAAUAAGAAGCUCAUAGCGCUAUCCAUCGGUGAUCCUACGACAUUUGGGAACUUGAAGCCAGCGAAGGAAAUUAUUGAAGCUGUGCAGGAGAGCGUUGCUUCGCAGGCAUAUAAUGGAUAUGCCCCAAGCACAGGGUACGUUGAAGCGCGAGAGGCGGUUGCGGAAUACAGUUCAAAUGAAUUUCUCAAAGUGAAUUCUCAGGACGUCAUAUUAUGCAGCGGAUGUUCCUGCGCCCUGGAUUUGUGCAUCACAGCUCUCGCGAAAGAGGGUCAAAAUAUCCUGAUACCAAGACCAGGUUUUUCAAUAUACCGAACUCUGGCCGAGGGUCUUGGUGUAUCAGUUAGAUCCUACAACCUAUUGCCGGAGCUCGGUUGGGAGAUUGAUCUCGAUGACAUGGCAUCACAAAUUGAUGAGAGUACCGCUGCUAUUGUUAUAAAUAAUCCGUCAAAUCCGUGUGGAUCGGUUUUUAGUCGCAAUCAUCUUAUUGAUGUACUCGAUGUUGCUGUCAGAUUUCAUGUGCCGAUUAUUGCUGAUGAAAUUUAUGAGCACAUGGUAUUUCCAGGAAGAACUUACUACUCGUUAGCGUCACUAUCGACCGAAGUUCCCAUUCUCUCUUGCAGUGGCUUAACAAAGAGGUUUCUCGUGCCAGGUUGGAGAAUGGGCUGGAUAAUAAUUCAUGAUCGACAGAAUAUUCUCGACAAAGAGAUUCGAAAGGGUCUGCAGUGUCUCAGUCAACGAAUCAUCGGGAGCAACACAAUUGUUCAAGGAGCACUGCCAAAAAUCCUCAACAACACUCCGCAGAAAUUCUACGAUGACAUUAUCAGAAUUUUGCACAAUCACUCGAAACUGAUAUACGAUCUGAUCGAGAAGGUCCCAGGGUUGAAACCCAUUAUGCCUGAUGGUGCUAUGUACAUGAUGGUAUGCAUUGACCUUGAGUCAUUUCCAGAAUUCAACUCGGAAGUGGAGUUUGUUCGUCGUCUCCUGAUGGAGGAGUCGGUAUUUUGUCUUCCCGGAGAGUGCUUCGAUUAUCCCUCGUACAUGAGACUUGUGAUAACAGUCCCGAUUGACAUGUUAGAGGAGGCUGGAAGCCGGAUCUACGAGUUUUGCCUGCGGCAUCACAUAAAGAAUACGGAAAAGCUCAUGAAGCACAGUAUCUCCAGCGACAACAUCCCCUAUUAACCCAUAAACGAGAGAACUACUGAGAAUACAUCACAGAUUUAGCUUUAUCUAAGAAUAAGUAUGAAUAUUCCGUGAUUAUUUUUUCAAACAAUUGUGAUGUGAUUGACGCUGUGAAAAUCGAUGGAGAAAUAGGGAAUGAGUGGGCAAUAAACCAGAACAUUUGUGCAGACAAAAAACGGGAGAACAAAACUGCAGAAUCCUCUAUUGAUGGGACAUACCGAUGUCCCCGUACGCAAUGGAAAGCGUGAAAUAUUAGAGAAUGAUCUACGAAUGUGUGCGUGACUUGUGCAUGAAUGCUGUGAACGAAGCAUUGUGUUAGCAAUAUAUAGGAUUACAAUCAUUCGUUUAUUUUUUUAGUCCUUUGUUCGUUAAUAAAAGAUUUGAAACUGAAAUUGUCA